AUGGAUCCAUAUUUUGCACUUGGGUAUUAUGAAGGAUUUUGGCAGGACGAGGACGAAGACGACGACGGUCCUGCGCUUUUUAUGGCUGUUUUAAUGGGAUCUUUGAGUUCUAGACGAGUAGAAGCGCCAGAUUCACGUCUCAUUUUGAGUAAUUUGUCGGACAGUGAUUGCAUGAAGCAUUUCCGUUUCUCUCUUCUCCAAAUUGAGGCUCUAGUAGAAGCUUUGAGGAUGCCAACAACUUUGAUCACCGAUAAUCGACUACGCCUGUCAUCAGUCGACGCACUAGCUAUAUUUUUGAAACGAAUGGUGUAUCCCUGUCGCCUCGUGGAUCUAGUCCGGUUCUUUGGUCGCGAGCAGUCUGUCAUCUCCAGAUUUGCAAACCAUGUCUCUCAGUUUAUACACGAACGCUGGCACAAUCUGCUUCGCUGGGACCGACAUCGUCUGACCUCGGAUGUACUGCAGUCUUAUAGUGAAGCUAUUUGGAACAAGGGUGGCAAACUUCAAGGAUGUUUCGGCUUUAUUGAUGGAACUAUGCGUAAUAUUGCCAGACCUAUUAGCAACCAGGAGAUGGUGUACAAUGGGUGGAAACGGGUACACGCUUUGAAAUUUCAAAGCGUUGUUGCUCCAGAUGGACUUAUCUUACAUCUCGAUGGCCCAUAUCUUGGUAAAGAUCACGACGCAUGGGUGCUACACGUGACGGGUCUAUUGGAUAUACUGGAGGAGAGCUUGCAGUUUGGGGAUGGAAGGCAGUUUGUGUUAUAUGGUGAUCCAGCUUAUCCGGUAUCUGAUUAUAUCGUCCGAUCCUUCAAGGCUCCUCACGAUCCAGCUCACAUCCGAUUCAAUAAAAUGAUGUCAACGGUUCGAAUUGCAGUUGAGUGCGGGUUUGGGAUGAUCAUGUCUCGAUGGGCAUUCUUGGAUUUCGAGAAGAAUCUUAACCUGCUGCUCCAGCCUGUGGGGCAGUACUACCUCGUCUGUGGUUCCCAGCUGCAUGUCGUACCAACAACACCAAUAACCACUGCUCAUCAAUCUUUGGAGUUUAGAGCCACUGUUAGAGCGUAUGAAGAUGAUGAGUCUGCCAAUUUCAACUUUGAGCGGCUGUUAGAGCAUAUGAAGCUGACGAGUCUGCCAACUCCACUAGAUAGACGGAAGUCAGGAGGAUACAGUAUCAAUCAAGAAGUACCCAAAAAGUGCUUCACCCAUGGUAGCAGAAAUGACGAUUGGCUAUAG